AUGGGAGCGCUCCCGUUCACGUGGCAGGGCGCCGGGAAGACCAACGUGGCGCUCAUGUGCAUGUUGCGAGAAAUAGGGAAACACAUUAACAUCGACGGAACCAUCAACGUGGACGACUUCAAGAUCAUCUACAUCGCGCCCAUGAGGUCCUUGGUGCAGGAGAUGGUGGGCAGCUUCGGGAAGCGCCUGGCGACGUACGGCAUCAACGUGGCCGAGCUGACGGGGGAUCACCAGCUGUGCAAGGAGGAAAUCAGCGCCACCCAGAUCAUCGUCUGCACCCCGGAGAAGUGGGACAUCAUCACCCGCAAGGGAGGAGAACGGACCUACACCCAGCUGGUGCGGCUGGUCAUCCUGGAUGAGAUCCACCUGCUGCAUGAUGACCGAGGACCCGUCCUGGAGUCUUUGGUAGCCAGAGCCAUCCGCAACAUCGAGAUGACUCAGGAGGACGUGAGGCUCGUUGGCUUGAGUGCCACCCUCCCCAACUACGAGGACGUGGCCACGUUCCUGAGAGUGGACCCGGCCAAAGGCCUCUUCUAUUUUGAUAACAGUUUCCGACCGGUGCCCCUGGAGCAGACCUAUGUGGGGAUUACGGAGAAGAAAGCAAUCAAACGCUUCCAGAUCAUGAACGAGAUUGUUUACGAGAAGAUUAUGGAGCACGCUGGGAAGAACCAGGUGCUGGUGUUCGUUCACUCCAGGAAGGAGACUGGGAAGACAGCCCGGGCUAUCAGGGACAUGUGCCUGGAGAAGGACACCCUGGGCCUCUUCCUGCGCGAGGGCUCAGCCUCCACCGAGGUGCUGCGGACAGAAGCCGAGCAGUGCAAG